AUGGAGCGUCAAACCAUGGCUGCAGGUAGCUCAGGUGUUCCCAGGAAGUCCUUCAACGUCAAGCAGGAUAGCCGGUGCUCUGCCAGGGGCUUAUCGAGGAAGAUGUCAUUUAGCAGCUCCUCUUCGGAAGUCUACUAUGCAAGAGCUCCUGUUGCUGUGCCAUUUGUGUGGGAAUCGCAACCGGGCACACCUAAGGCCAAGUUCCACGACAACCCACUCCCUCCUCUGACACCACCCCCUUCCUUCCACUGUAAUUCCAUGAAUAAACCCACAAAAAUUAGGCAGUCGAAGCCUAAAUUUUUACAAACUGUUCUCCCUAAGCUCAGUCCGAGGAAAACCAUCCACCAGCCAUCUCCUGGCUCGUCUUUAUCAUCAUCACGGUCGCGUUCUGCGCCAUCUUCUCCGCUUACUCCUUCCAGGAUUAAUACACAAUGGAAAUCUCAAACCUCAAGCCCAUGGUCAUCUUAUGAUUCAAGGAUAGACGAGGAAGAUGAAUGCAGAUCACCUGUUUCAACACUGUGCUUUGGGAUUGGUCGUGGCGCCUACCCCUCAAACAUAGUCAAGUUACUGCGCAGAGAAUUCGCAUCAUAA